AUGGCCGUGUUCCUCCUGGCUGCGCCCGCCCUGGCGGCGCGCGACCUCAAGCAGGUGUCUUCCGUGACCGGCGCUGUGAACGGCCUCCUGGGCACUGUGGGCUCCACCGUCGGCCGCCUGCCCAUUGCCGGCCCCAUCGUCGCCCCUGUCGUCGGCACCGUCACCGGGACCGUGGGCGGCCUGCUCGGCACUGUUGGCGGCGUCGCCAGCACCGCCACCGGCGUGGUUGGCAGCAUCCCAGUCGCUGGUCCUCUCGUCGGCCCCGUCCUCAACACUGUCACCAGCACCACGGGCGGCGUGGUCGGCACCGUUGGCGGCGUUCUCAACACCGCCACCGGCCUUGUUGGCGGCCUGACCGCCGGCCUGACCAGCGGCAAUACUGGUGGUCUGACCGCCGGCCUGACUGGCAGCCUGCUGGGCUGA